AAUUUUGUUCGUAUUGAGAUUGAGACAUUAUUAUGUCCCUUUGUGAUAACUUUAUACUUAACAUAGAAACAGGUUGGUGAUUUAACUUUGAUAACAUUUGACAAUUCAGGGAAUAUAUCGUUGGGAGCAAUUAACUCUUCGAAGAUCGACAUACAGACCAGCUAUGGUGUCAAAAUUGAGCCAUUUGAUCAAAGCAAUGUAUAUAUAGACUCACUCUCAGAACCCUUCGAGGACAAGCAUUCACUUAGGUUUGAAUUCAAGACUACUUCCGGUAACGGUACGUUAUUUUAUGCAGUCAGGCGGAACGACCUUCAAGACAUGGUUUCCGGUAGUCUGCACGAAGGUUACCCACAGUUCAAGAUCAGAUGCAUGAGUUCUUUCGCUAACUUUACGAUUCCGGUUCGAGUUGAUGACGGAGAAUGGCAUAGGGUGCGAUUCAUCAGACGGCACGGAAAAGGUAUAUUUCUCGUAGAUGAAUUAGAGUACUUCGACCAUUAUUACGUCAGUUGCGGGGGCUUUACGUCAAUCAAUUUUGGCAACAGAAACCCGGAGCACUAUCAAUCUAAAAGUGUUAAAGAAUUACAGGACAAGGACGGACAGAUGAAUGGUUGUAUAAGGAGGUUUCACAUCAGUACGGGAAUAGACGCCCAUCCACGCUACACUACUGUGUCCGAGUGUAACUGAAGAGGGAACUUUUGAUAUAGCCACGUGGUCUUUGUUAUUAUUCUGUUCACCGUUCGGAUCUAUGUAUAGAUUUAUACCGAAAGAAACUCUUGGCAGUUCCGACGUUUACUGGUAGUAAACCGUUGCCAUGGUGUUCUACAGCUGUGAAUUUGGUUGUUGCAACCUUUUCAUGUUCGUCAUUGCUUACUGGAUUCAACAAAAUAAUUAUAUAUUUGCUUGGCAAAUUGUUGACCGUGUAAAACUUCGAACAGAUAAAGCAUAUGUCACUGUACUGUUUCUUUCUAUCCGUCCAAAAAUUGUUUACGUAAUAUGUAUAUU